AUGGGGCUGUUCAGCUCGUCUUCAGGGGAUCUCCGGAUGUAUGGAGGAAGCGUGAGGUGGAGUUCGAGGAGCAGGUUGAUGAAGAGCAAGAUGCCUGACGAGCCUUGUUACCCGAAGCUCGCGCUGCACGAAGGACAGCUUUUCUCUUCGAUGAAUGAUACAAUCUCUGUGUUUUGUGGACCGGACUGGGUUUUAACCUCUAGGCUAAGGAGAAGCUACGGUGGCUCCAUUUGUGAUUUCUCCAUUGGUGGGGAUCGGCUUUUCGCAUUGCAUAGUGAAGAGAAUGUGUUUGAUGUUUGGGAAACUCCUCCUGCUCCGAUCAUUUGAUUCAUUUCCUCAAUACUCUCUGGUCCGUUCUUGUUUCCGUUUUGUGUGUUUGUUUUUUGUUUUAGAGUCCUUAGGAAACUAUAGAUGAAUAGCAAUAGACAAAAGACAACACUAUAGCAAUAGAUAAGAAGAAAACUGGUUUUAGACUUAUCUUGGUUUUGUUCUAUACAAAGAAAAGUGUUCUUUCUUGUGACCUGUGAUAUAAGAAAUGAUAUCGAUUUAUCGAUCGAUCUUGUGUCUCUCUUAAACCGAUCAAUGAAUGAUUCAAAGUUGUUAGUUUCAGUUGUG